AUGCCCGGCUUUACCCACGAACAGCCGCCCAAAGACAACCUCCAGAUCCUCGUGAAGUCCCUCACUGAGAAGCUUGGGCCGUGCUCUGGAAUUGAUUCCGACGAUGUAGAUGCCGAAGAGUUGCAGCAAUUAAUGGAAGAUUAUGUCUCAGACCGAUCCGACUGGGAGAAGUACUUCUUUCCGGCUUCCAACAUGAACUAUACGCGGAAUCUCGUUGACAAGGGCAAUGGAAAGAGCAACCUACUCAUCCUCGUCUGGUCCCCGGGAAAAGGCAGCCCAGUCCAUGAUCAUGCCAACGCCCACUGCAUCAUGAAAGUGCUCAAGGGCCGCCUCACCGAAACCCGCUACUCGUGGCCAACCAUCAACCUCAAUAACGACGAGGACCGUCCGCUCGAGAUUCUCUCUCAGAAAACCUACGAGGAGAAUCAGGUCACGUAUAUGUGUGACAAGCUCGGCUUACACCGCAUCUCUAAUCCGGAUCCCGACGAGUACGCCGUCUCCUUGCAUUUAUAUACGCCGCCGAACGCCGCAGUUUAUGGAUGCAACAUCUUCGACGAGGAGACCGGACGUUCAAAACAUCUCAAGAAGUGCACCGUGUAUUCUGAAUAUGGUCAUGAAAAAGGGGAGGGGAGGCUAUGA